UCAGCGACCAGUCAGGCAAUGACCUUACCAAAUACUGUCUGGAUAUCAUAGUAUCAUACUGACUUAGUAAUAAGUAAAAUUUAAAAUAAAAAUUAAAAAUGUAGAUUUUUUUCAUAUUUAUCACUUGGCGUAUCCUAAUAAAAUUGUCUAGUUUCGCCUAUGAUGGUUAUUAUAGUUAUUACGACGACAAAGACGACGGCGAUGAUGACAGUGAACAACCGUUGUUUGCGCAGAACGCUGACGGAUAAACGAUAAAAAACCGCGGUAGGCCGGCGUGCACACUACAAUGAUAAUAAUUAAUAAUCAUAGGCAAUAAUUAUUUAGUGAUCUCGAGUGGACGAAAAUCCACAGCCACCGAACACUCGUCAAUAAAUUUCUAAUAUUAUAAUAUUAAUACGUGUGCACCGCGUGACUCGAGCGGAUAAGUAUAAAAGUCGUCACUCUCUCGGCGACCGCGGCACAGGACGAACGACAGAGUCAUGGGAUGUUACGUGGAAAUCGUGACGCUCCUGUAUUCAGUGUCACUGGCCAUGUCCGUGUUUUUCCAGAACAACCUGUUGCUGCUGAAGGCGUGCAACUCGUCCGUGCCCUUCGGUGACUGCCCCGACGGCGGGGUGCACGCUCAGCACGUCGUGUCCGUCAUCUACGCGUGGAGAGCGUUCAUACAGUACACCAUUCCCAUCGUGUUGAUCAUACUUGCGGGUCCAUGGAGUGACAGUCAUGGCAGACGUCGUAAACCAUUAAUUUUACUACCGAUUAUAGGUCAAGUAUUAACUGAUAGUUUAUGCAUAUUAAAUGUUUAUUUUUGGAAUUGGCCUCCUCAAAUCGCUGCACUUUUUGAAGCCAUAACACCAGGUUUAUUUGGUGCUCGAAAUACGUUCUGGGUAGGUGUAAUAUCGUAUAUAUCAGAUACUACUACAAACGAGUCCAAAACAUUAAAAUUCGGGAUAAUAAAUGCAACUUACACUAUUAGUACUUUAGUUGGAACAGGGCUAGCUGGGUUUUUAAAUGUUGGACUAGGAUUUUAUGGAGCCUUUUUGGUACCUAUUAUGUUAAAUUUGAUAGCAUUUACAGUUUGUAUAAUAUUGAUCAAUGAUACUUCUAAGCCUUACGACAAAAACGUUGUUUGGCUGAAACCAAAAUAUUUUAUGGAAAGUUAUUUAAGUGCAUUUAAAGGGAGCUGUAAAAACCAUUCAAUUACGUUAGUAGCAAUACUAUUGUUGCAAGCUGUUUUAGUGGGAAGAAUUGAAGGAGAAUAUGCUGUUACAUAUUUAUUUAUGAGGUAUAAAUUUAAAUGGUAUGAAGUACAAUACAGUUAUUUUGCUGCUUACAAAAUGUUGAUGAUUUUUAUUGGUACUUUGUUUUCUGUAACUGUGUUGAGCUACCGUCUGAAAAUAAACGAUGCAAUUAUUGGUUGUAUUGCAUGUACUUUUGAUAUCCUCGCUGCACUGUGUUACGUUUUUGUUGCCGAACCUUGGCAACUAUAUAUAAUUCCAUUGGUUGACUUUUUCCACGGAACUGCAAACACUAUUUCGACUUCAUUAACAUCUAAAAUCGCAGAUAACGAAAAACUUGGUCGAAUAAACUCCGUCCAAGGAUUAAUGAGCACAAUUAUGUCAUUCGUAGUAGUAUCAUUGUACAGUGAAACGUACAAUUUAACAUUUGAAUAUUUUCCCAGUGCUGUGUUUUUGUUGAACAUAAUUUUAACUUUUCCUUUAUUAAUAAUAUUUAUGAUUCUUUACUAUAAAUCCAAACACAUGUGGACAGCAAAAGAAACAACGUAGUCUUAAAUCUUAAUAAUGGAGGUUUUAGGUAUAGUUUAUAAUUUCUAUUGUAAGUUACGGAAAGACAGUGUAUAUUGUAGAACUAAAUAUUACUAUCGACUAUUUUAAUGAAAUUUUAAUUAAUUAAUAAGUUUUAUAAAGUAUUAUUUAAUAUAGGUAUUUGUUGCAUCAGAAAAAAUAUAAUUGCAGUUAAAAGAAUGUAGCCCAUUUGCGCCCGAAAUAAAAAAACUUAACACUCCGAGUUAUAGCCCAAAUGCGCCCAUUUUGCAUGCAACGUUGCUGUUGUUGUUUAAAAAUUUAAAACCCCACGUAAAAUCAAAAUUGAUAAAAAGAAAUAAAUUUAAAUACUACACAGUAUGCAUAUUAUAUAGGUAUAUAAAUAUUAUUUAUAUUGCAUUUAAUAAUAAAUUUCAAAUAGAAAUAUUUUUACGUAAAAUCAAAAUAAUUAAUCAAUACAAUUACAAUAAUAUACAGAUAUAUAUCUAAAUUUUAAAUAUUAUUAAUAAUGUAUAAAAUAAAUUUAUAUAGUACCAAAAUAAAUAAUACACAUUAGUUGUUAGUUGUCGUUUAAGAUUGUUUAAAAAUAUUAAAUUCUACGUUAAAAAUAAUCAAAAUUAAUAAUAUACAUUGGUUAAUAAUAAAAAUGUUAAUAAUACAAAAAAUAAUUAAAUUAUAAUAAUAUUAAAAUAAUAAUACAAUUAUAAAUCGAUUCCCCUAAAUUUAAAAGAAAUAUUUUUAAGUAUUCUAUUUUAUUUAAGUGUUCUCUUCUGUACUCAUUCCACGCUUCAUAAGUAAAUUCUAUUUUUUUCUUUUUCCUCUUUACGUCGUGGUUUUAUUUUACCCUUUUUGAUUUCAUUUAUUUUUAGAUAUAUACUUGUAUUAAUUUUUAAUUUUUAAUUACACUAGUUAAUGGAGGAUGAAGUGAAUAAAAUUGGGAGUUAAAGUGCUUGUGAAAUGAUUCAGCGCAAUUUGAAGUUCGAGGUGCGCCUGUUGGAGGUUCAGCCUAAAUUGAUGGUGGAAAUGGACAUCCUUCAAUGAUAUAGUUAUUAAACACAUAAUCAGAAAAUUCAGAUAAAUUUAUCAGGCUGAAAUCUGGAGUUAAGUUUUGUAAAUAAAAAUAAGCAUCUUCCACUACAUUUGACGGUAAAAAUGGUAACCCAAAAAAUAAAGUUAACCAUUUAGCGAUAUCACAUGACUGAUUCUUGUAAAAUGUUUUAAAAUCUGACAAAGAAUUUACCAAGAUUGACCUAAAUGAAAUCUACAGCCUUUUAUUUUACUCUAUGGAAAUACAUUUAGAAAUGCUUUGUGUGCUGCAAUUUCAAAAUCUAAAUGGAUUGAUGGUGUAAAAUUUUUUUGUAUUUUAUUUGUACAUAAAUGGCAAAUAAAGUUCCACAUAGCUCGAUAAUAUUCAAAUGAUUUUGAUGGCAAAAAUGCAAUAACAAGUGGUAUAUAAAAUCCAUUUACAUAUAUAUGAAUACCAUACAUUUAAUAAAAAUGUGACAGUCUAUAAGUAAAAGUACCAUUACCAAAAAUAUCAGAAUUAUUGAAAUCGCAUAAAAAAUUUUAAUUUGUUUUGCAUGUAAUCAAAAUAAUAUUAUUUACGUUAUCAACAUUUGUAAAUUCUUCGUUUUUAUUUGUUAAAAUUACUAAAUUAGAAAUCUGUUCAAUUGCUUCAUCAAGUGAUUUAGGAACUGGAGGUAAUAUUUUUCGACGUUCUCGGUUUAUAGACUUUCUGAUAUUGUGAAUAUCAGAAUGCUUACCGGUGCUACACGUGGAAAGCUCUGUACGUAUUAUUUUAUUAGGUCGUAAAGUUAAAUCUUCACACGCUUUUCUUUUACACCUACCUUGAACGUCCAGUAGGUUUUAACUUUCUUCAGUUUCCGGAUCAUGUAAAGACAGUCAUUUCGGUUAACUUCGUUUUCGAACUAUUGGUUUUGACAUACGCACUACAGGUUAUUUUUACACAACGGCAACUUAUAUCUCCAAAAACAAGGGUUCUACUCACGUGAUAUUUAAAAUAAAGAAAAACUAAACAAAGAUUUUGUUUACUUGAAACAGUUAUAUAAAAUUCCAUUUUAUUAUAGUAGUACUCAGUACUCACUAUUCAUGUACUAAUGCAACUGAUACAUAAAAUACAACUGCAGAUAAAUGCAUUUUUAUAUAAUAUAAUCUUUAUCGAUAGGAAUUUUACAAUUUCAAUUAACACAACUAACGACAAAAUAUUAUUAUCUUUAUCGAUUUAGAUCGAGCUUGGAAAACGAUCUAAUAUUAUUUUAGAUUUUAUAGUUAUACGCCAAUAUAGGUACUCAAUAAAUGGCAACGUUGCACGAUUUUCACCUGAUCUGAAUCGGGCGCAUGUGGGCUAUGAUUUGGGGCGUAAGUGGGCUACAAUAAAUGGGUUCGGGCGCAAAUGGGUUGCACCGGCUUAAAAAUGUUAUCUUUUUGGGGAAAAAAAUCUAAUAGUUUUCAAAUAACAUGGUUACCAUAUGAUAAAUGUAAUCAAAUUAGAAUCAUGUAAGACCUAAAUGCCAUUUAUUUUCUAAAAUUUCCCCUACAAGCACUAAAUUAAAACAACAGAUAUUUUUAUUAAUAAACGCUAUAUUUGAGUCAACUAA